UUGGUCAUCUAAGCAGCAUCCAAAUAGCUCUCACCAUAAAAAAAACCAAAAAGCAAAAAAUAUUGAAAUAGCAAAAGAAAAAUACAAACUGAAAUUGAAAUCAACACACAAACACACACAUACACACACACACUACACACACACACCGACAGACAGCUCUGGGACAAAGAAAUUGUGCAGCUAAUAAAAAACCUUUUUACUUCCAUCUCGCACAGUGAAAAAGAGAGAUUCAAUCCAUGCAGCUUCCUCCACUCACGCAAAUCGCAAUAUGCUAAGCAGCAGACAGUGAAGGAUACGAAAUCACAAAUAAAUACAAAUUGCAUUCAGGAGCAAUCGGCAGCAACAAAAAAAGCAGUGAAAAGAAAAGAAAAUAAGAGGAAAGAGGUGGAGCGAAAAGGCAAGCAAGAGCAAAAGCGUGUCAAGAAGAUGUCGCUGAUUAGAUAAAACGUAAAUCAAAUAUUCUAAUUGGAUUCGAGUACAUUUGUUGUGUGCGCAUAUGCUUAGUGAUGAAAUCUAGAUUAUUUUGGAUAUUUGCAAUUAUAUAUUCAUCGGUACAUCACAUAGGCUCCGGUUCUACAUCGACGACAUUAAAACGUCCACGAGCAGGAGACCCGUUUGAUACGUUUCCGAAAAACUUCUGGCAGGAGUUCUCGUCGCCCUUCACAGACACGCCUGAAGAUGAGGAGCUGGAGGUCACGGAGACGACCACGCACGAGCCAUUCCCGUUCUUCGCCGACCCGUAUACGACAAUUAAUAUAAGCACCCAGCUCUCCUCGAAUGUCUAUCUGCAUUGUCGCGUCAACGAUUUGCAGGGCAAGACGGUGUCCUGGAUGCGGCGCAAGGGCGAGGACCUCACUCUGAUCACCUUCGGCCAGCACACGUACAGCGGCGAUUCGCGUUACUCGCUGGAGUUCGAGGAGCCCAACGACUGGAAGCUACUGAUACAAUAUGCCAACGAGCGGGACGAGGGACCAUACGAGUGCCAAGUGUCCUCACACCCACCGCUGGUGCUGCUCGUUUACCUAACUAUAAUUGUUCCUCAUGUGGAAAUUCUCGACGAGCGAGGAUCGGCCACGCCCGAGAAGUACUACAAGGCUGGCAGCACCAUCGAGUUACAGUGCGUCAUCUCAAGGAUACCGCAUCCAUCGUCCUACAUCACCUGGCGGCACGGCCAGCGCUCGCUCAACUACGAUACCAGUCGAGGUGGCAUUAGUGUUAAGACAGACAUGCUGCCCGGCAGGGCAUUGAGUCGUCUUUACAUAGCCAACGCGAAUCGACAGGACACGGGCAACUACACCUGCAUGCUGGGCAAUGAGAUAACAGAAACUGUUGUAGUGCAUGUGCUUAACGGUGAGGAGCCAGCGGCCAUGCAACAUGCGAAUGGGACUCGAUUCAUGUCCAGUCCCCUAACUAUGGUUGUGUUUUUUAUAGUAUUCGCUCUGAUCAAGCCUUUUCAGCGAUGACAACAUUCUGGCUAGGCAGAACAGAACAGGAUGAAAACAAAAAUAAUAAUAACAAUUGAAAACAAGAAAAACUUGAAUAAGUUUUAGUGCAAGUGGAAAAUGAGAAAAUGCAUAAACCAAAAAAAAAAACGAAAACGAAAACAAAAAUCAAAAAUGAAAAUUGAAAAUCUAAGAAUCUUGUCCAGGAUUGCAUUUUCAACUUUUACUCUAAUCAAUGGGUUGUUUAAACGUACAUAGCAUAAAUGAAUACUCUAGUUGUAAGUCUAAGAGAUGUAACGAUACACUACGAGUCAGAUGUAGCACACAUAGAUCGUAUCUAAGGGCGUAUGCGAAAUACAGAAGGUAAAAACUUCUGAAAACCUUAAAAAAAAAAAAAGAAAAUGAAAAACUAAAGAAAAUUUCAUUUUGCAAAUUGAAAUUUAUGAGUUGUGGCCGUGUUUUUUUGGUUUGCGUUGGCUAUACCAGAUAAAUAUUUAUAUAUAAAGCAAGCAUUUCCCAACAUUCCCCCACCCACCCCCCACAGCCCCACAUUCUUUCCUUAUAUAUUGUAUAUAAUGCUUGAUGUGAAUGGUUGUAGCUUCUUGAAAUCGUACGGCAUAUCAGUUGGGAUCAUUGGAACAUUCUUGGAUGCAAUUAGUUUUAAACAUAGAGUGAGAUAAAAAGGUAGAGGAAGAAGAACAACAGAAUGAAAUUCAUUUAUUUUCCGCAAAAAGUUAACGAAUUAUGUUUGAUGAUAAUAAGAGAGCGAGAGCGAAAGCGAAAAGUUGGAAUUGUUAAGUUUUUAAGUUUUUCAAAGAUAUAGCACAUGAAACUAAUCGAUAUAUACACAUAUUUAUUUAUAUGUGUAUGAGUAGUUGUUACCCCCAGAUAUUUACAAAUCAUAAUAAUAAUAUUAAUAAUGAACUAAUUAAUUAAUUCCAUUCCAAAUGGAGACAUAUCCUUUCGAUUUAAUUGGCUUGGCUUGCGGCACCAAUUGAUGAAAUUUCGACCAGACUUUAUGUAGUUGCUCUGUUGGCAGAUCAUAUUAUAUACAUAUGUAUCGUAUAUGUAUAUAUGUAUAUGUAUCCAAGGUAAACACGGACCAAUGGGUAAUACACAGCUAUUAUAUUUGUUUCUUUCAUUUGAUUUCUUUUAUGCUUCUCUUCCCACACAUACGCAUAGACCGUUCUCAUAUUUCAUAGUAUAUAGGGUAUAUAAUAUUUCAAAUAUGCUUGGCCGCUUUUUCACAAUCGCUUGCAUCUUAAGUCAUUCAUAAAAUAUUCAUAUAUACAUAUUACCUAUCGAUUAGUGCACCUAUUUCUUACAUCAACUCAACUUCUUUCCAAAAAAUAUUUAUAUAUAAAAAUCAAAUAAAGCCCAGCUUAAACACAAAAAAA